GGACUCAUUCUAUCGACCUUUGGUCGAGUCUUUUGUUUGUGGAUUUUUCCCCAAGCCAGCUGAACGAGAGAGAAGGCCGGCAGCCGUUUCGCUUACACUUAUUCAGUAAAAGGUGUAUCACGGUGUGGACACGUGCAUCAUUCAUAGGCAUUUUCGUUUCAAUCCUGGUGUAAACAGCAGUUCUGUAAAUAGGCAAUCGUUAGGACGGAUCCGUUAGUUCUUCGAUUUAUCGCGGGCUUGAGAGUAGUAUUAUCUCGCGCAACAUAUUUUCUUGUAUGUUUUCCAAACAUGUUGACCCAUGGUCUACUGGAACAAUUCAAUAGGACAGCGGAAGAAGGAUCGGGCACAAUGAACAAAUUGUGUCGUCAAGUUUCAAUCGAAUCUCCUGGGCCGAUCAUCAAAGAUUGUGUCUUCAGCUUUGAAGUGCCAGUACCGGAUGUACCAUCCCAAGGAGCUCGUAUUCGAGUCGUCUGUGCCGGGGCUUGUUACCGAAUGCGAACCCGUUCCGCCUCAACUUCGAGCAUUUCCUCUGUUGAAGCAGAUACUGGGUACUCCCCAGCUCAUCAUGGAGUCCGAGAUGGAGCUUUGUUCCCUGGCUACGAAGUAGCAGGUGUUAUCGACGCUUUGGGGACAGAAGUUCAGUCUUCCGGGGAAUUCAAAAUAGGCACGCGGGUAGUGCUUUAUCCAUAUGAUGGUAUUCCUCAUGGUUAUGCUGAAUAUAUUGUCGUGCCGUCCCUCGAUUAUUUGGUACCCGUACCGGACAACUUAUCACUUGGUGUAGCGGCAAUGUUACCCACCGGAGCACUACUGGCCAAAAAUGCUGUAACUACAGCACAUGCACAUGUCCUCCAACUCCUACAGGACCGGGCAGCAGACCAUGUUGUCCGUAUACUUAUUGUAGGCACUGGUGGCCUGGCAUUAUGGGCAUUGAGGAUUGCCGAACAUCACUUCAAGGCUCCCAAAUAUUGUAAUAGAGUCAAGAUUACAGUGGCCACUUUAAAGGAUGAAGGAUUCAUGCAUGCUGCAGCAGAAUUGAAAAGGGUAAACACUGUGCAAUGGAAUGAAGAUCUAUAUGAAAAACAGCUCAUAGAAAGGACUAAGGAUGCCUGCAAUGGGCUGGUGGAUAUUGUUAUAGAUUUCGGCACAACUUCGAGGUCCUUACACAGAUCGCUUCAAUGUCUAAAUUCGGGAGGAGUGGUUCUGGUCAGCGAAGAGGUGGCAGAACGACUACUUCCGAAAUUUUCACGACUAAUCUACGAAAGGCAUCAAAAAAUAGAAGCGGUGGCGAAUGGAUCAAUCGAACAAUUAAGGGAGUUAGUACAAUACGUCGCAGCAGGGGAGAUAGUGCCUCCUCCUCACACAGAGUUUUCAGCGGACGAAGCUCCACUGGUGGUGCAAAAGCUCUGCCAGUCGGAAAUUCCUGGAAGAGCAGUUCUACGCUUCCACGAUAUCCAGUAAAAUUGUAGUAGAAUGUGUAUUAUAUUUCACUCAUAUUAUCUGACUUAGAUAUUUUCUUAACUUUUUUCUGCCAAAUUCAUUGUCUUGUGAUCAUUUGUAUUACUUUUAUAAAGUUAGGUAUUUUACGUUUUUUGACCAGUGUAUAACAUUCCGCAAGGGAACGACUUAUGCACUCGGGAUUGUGAUAAGCUUUAAUUUAAAAUAGAGUUCAUCGAAUUUGUUUACCUUAUAAGCUGUUGUUUUAUGCAUUUCUCCCUUUUCCAUGUGUCGCGUAAAAAGUAUUAACAAAAUGUAUUCGAAGAUGGCUGGGCACUCCAUCUUGUAUGUAUUUCUAUUUAGCGAGAUAAUGGGAUAGAAGGUGAAUUUUGCAUUUAGAUGGUGAACAUCAAAAAGACAUUUUUGACCGAUUGGUGACUUGCAAUAUCGAUUUUUUUUAUUAUUUUCUAAAUAACUGUAUUAACAUUUAACCGUAAUAUACAGUACGCAUAAAUA